ACAGAUUUUAAGAAUGAGGUUGUGCAUACAAACACUGAUGGCCAAUCAGUGCCAACUGAUAUAGAAUCUGAUGAGGGUGAUACCCUUCAGAGUACUCCUGUGUGUAAUCCUCCAGAGUCUAGAGAUGACAAUGGUGCAUUGCAAGCCCAGUUGAGGAGCAACUUGGGUUCUCUGUUUUUGAAAAUGCACAGUGUUCUUCAUGUAUCAGAGAUGGCUAUACAGGACAUAGUUGAAAACUUGUCACACAUAUUCUCAUUGUCUAAACCUCUAGUGCGAGACUCUAUCAAAAGGGUUUUUCAGGAACAUGAUCAGGCAAUUAGUGACUCCCUUCUCCAUGAAUUAGUGGAAGCUUUGAUGAAAAAUAAUGUUUUUGUCAGUGCCACAUCAGAUGGUGCAGAGCUGUCCACUGCUAAGCGCAGGAAAACAUUUGUAAGAAGUAACUACCCUCUGGUAAUGCCAGUGCAGUAUGCUAUAGAUUCCAGUGGACACACAGCAGUGUAUGUGUCAAUACUACAGAUGCUUCAAACAAUGUUUAGCAAUACUGACAUUCUUGAGAAGAUUCAAGAAAACAAACCAUCACCUUCUGGAAUGUACGCAACUCAUGAAGAUGGAACAUACUUCAAAGAAAAUCCACUAUUGUCAGAAGGUGGAGAGUUGAAACUUUCCCUGAUUUUGUAUGUGGAUGACGUUGAAUUAGCUAAUCCUUUAGGCACAGCUAGAAAGAUCCACAAGCUUUGUGCCGUUUACUGGUUACUUGCUAACGUACCUAGUAAAUACAGGUCCAGUCUGCAUGUCAUUCAGCUAGCUCUGCUAUGCAAAGUACCUGAUCUGCAGAAAUGCGGUUAUCAGAGUGUACUUUCACCUUUGUUGAGAGACUUGUGCACUCUUGAGCAGGAUGGCGUGUUCAUUGAAACUCUUGGCCAGUGUAUCAGAGGCACUGUAUUGUGUGUGGCAGCGGAUAAUUUGGCUGCCCAUGGUCUUGCAGGUUUUGUGCAGAGUUUCCGAGGAAACUAUGUCUGCAGAUUCUGUUGCUGUACUACAAGUGAGAUCCAGUCCAGUGAAGCUUCUGAAGCGGGCUUAAACAUGAGAACAAAGGCUUCUCAUGAUGUUCACGUGCAGAAUGCUGUACAGGGAGAAAGUGCACCUCACUUUGGUGUUAAAUCUGAGUGUGUUCUUAGUGAGGCAUUGCAGCAUUUUCAUCCCAUUACUGGUUUCCCACCUGAUAUACUUCACGAUCUUUUUGAGGGCAUAGUCCCAGUUGAGUUGGCGCUGUGCAUCCAUGAGAUGAUCCGCCAUAAAUAUUUCACCCUUGAGUAUCUGAAUGCACAAAUCCGGAGAUUUCCAUAUCAGCAUGCUGAUAGGCUGGAUAAACCACACGUGAUCCCCAAGAAUUUUGCAGCUAAACAAAGCAUCGGUGGGAAUGGGCAUGAAAACUGCACUUUGCUGAGGUUAUUACCACUCAUGGUAGGAAGUAAAGUCCCAGAAGGAGAUGAUGCCUGGGCCAUAUUGAUGGAUCUCAAAGACAUUGUGCAACUGGUAUUGUCUCCAUCUUUCACAGAGGAGUCCAUACAGUACAUGCAGACUAAAAUUAGUGAUCACAGACAAGGUCUUAAGGUUCUCUUUCCAGACUUUAAGCUACGACCCAAACAUCAUUAUGUGGAGCACUACCCAGAACUGACAAAGCGGUUUGGGCCACUUGUUCACCUAUGGACCAUGAGGUUUGAAGGGAAACAUCGCUUUUUUAAAAGGGUGAUACAUGGCACACAUAAUUUCAAGAAUGUCUUGAAAACUCUUGCUACCAGGCAUCAGCAUAUGAUGGCAUAUCAUUUCAGUGCCUCAACAUUUUUCAGACCUGACAUCCAAGCUUCUAGUGUUGCCUUCAUCCAAGUUGACACACUACCUCAAGUGGCAAAAAACUUCAUAGAGACAAAGACCAGUAGCCAGAGCAUUUACAGCACACCAAAGGUCUCCAUAAGUGGCACAGAGUUUGCAAGGGGGAUGUUUGUUUCAGUUGGUGAGACUGGAGGACUUCCAAAAUUCAGCAGGAUUGAUCACAUACUGCUUGUGAAUGACUCUAUUUACUUCCAUUGCAGAGACUACAACUGCUGGUACACUGAGCAUAUACGCUCAUUUGAGGUGACAUCCACAGACCACUUCUCUGUCUAUCAGCUGUCGGACCUCAACGACACAGACAUGGCGGCUCAAAAUCUCCUUCUUCAUGUCCAUGUUUCUACUGACAUUGUCAGGAAGAUGACCUUGCCUUCACGUCCAGAGAGUGUAGAUGAGCUGAAAACCAAGAUAAAAGCCAAGUUCCAGCUAGACUUUGACUUUAGCUUAUCUUAUGAAGACCCAGAUUUUGAUGGGCAGUUAUGCUCUCUUGUAGACAUUGAUGAGCUUCCGCAGAAGGCUGUAUUAAAAGUGAUUACGGGUGAGAGUGAUGGCAGCUCUGUAGCAUCAGAUGAAACCAUCAUACUUCCCCAUGCAAUGACCCCACAGAGAGUUGAUAGAUGGCCCACCGUUUUUCCAGUGCCCACUUUUUCAUAUGAGGUGGAGCUUAUACUUGGAGAAGGAAAUAUUGCAUUUGAGAGAACUGGGAAAACUCUGAAAUUGUCAAAGGGCCAAAAACACAACAUCCUUGAGACCCUUGCAGGUAAAAUGCAUGCUUUUAAAGCAUAUCCCACUGAUAGGGAAUUUUCAGAGGUCGCAAAAGCACUUGUGACUAAACAUCCGUGUCUAAAAGAACCAGGAUCUCAGACAGGAUGGUACGGGUGGAAAAACAGUUUAAAGUUUAAAAUGGGGAACUAUAGAACAAAGUUGAGUCAAGCUGGAUUUAGUGAAGUAGCCAUAAAUUCUGGAAAACGGAGCAAAAACAACCCUGACAAACAGCCUGCCCACAGUAACAUUAAAAGACCAAAACGGGCAGAGGUGAAUUUUCUCCCAAAUUUCCCAAGAGGGGAAGAUCUUGGAAGCUUGGAGCAAAUCAGACUCCAAAUUGUAGAUGAAGUCAAGAUAACCGCCAAAAACCUCACCCAGAUUACAGCUCUGAUGCAAACUACUUUUGCCUUACGGCGAAAAGAAGUCGUCAGCGAUGAGCUACCUGUUGGAGAGAUCUUGGAACGCUGGCCUGCCCUUGGAAUUGAGUCCCAGAUUUGUUCAGAGUUCCACAGGAUCACGAACAUCAACCUGAAAAACAAUUUCUAUGCUGAGCUGGAUCGACAUGUUCCUCGUCUCCAGAGCUUGUUCAGAAAAAAAGCUGCACGCACAGGGAAAGUGGCCGAAGCCCUUGAUAAGCUCUUCAGUGCUUAUGACCUCCAGGAGCAAGUUGACGUCCAUGGAAGACGUGCGGUUGUUCUCCGUGCUCUUCCUCCUUAUCUGUGCGAGGAUGACUCCAAGUUCCUGAAGAUGUGGGAUCCUGUGGAGUCUCCAGAAAUGGAUCUUCAUGACAUAGCAGUUGGCAUCGUUUUGAACUCUGCCAACUCAAUUGAUCCCACAUUCCUCGUCCCAGAUACGGUUGAAGUUGUCAUUGAGGGUAAUGUAGUGAUCACCGUGCCCACACUCGCUGAUGGAUAUGUUGUCCUUUUUGGCCUGAUUUAUGCACUGCAUUUAGAUUACCCAAAAGAAUUGGCCAAUACUUUUGACUUCAUUCAGAAGGUCUUAAUGGGCCUGGAAGAUGGAAAGUUGAGACCCAGAGUGUUGAGCCUGAAAAAUGAACUUUUGGCACGGGAGUAAUCUGGCUCUUGUUAACAAAGUUGCUUGAGCAACAUAUCAGGCACACACAACUGAAACAACUUAAUGUUUUGACAUUAUUAUUGUUCACCUCCAACUCAAUGUUUGCCAGUUCAUCUUAAAAAUUGUAUUAGUAUGGAUACAGUGUCAUGCAUAGGCAUAUUUGUUUUUCUUGGUCAGUUUUUGAAAAUACUCUUUUGUGAUGUUUGUUUGUACUGGAAGCUGUUACUGAAGUACACAGUUUCAUAUCUUUGCUCUUAUGUGAUUUUGAAAUAUGAUAAUGUGAUGCAGUGCUUUAAAUGUAUUACAUUAAACUAAGCUCUAAUGUUUAUUAGUAAAGUUGGACAUGUAUGACAGGUUCCUUUUACUGUCCAUUUGAAAAUGUGAUAAUUCCGAAAAAAAAAAAAAAAUGUUAUUGUACUAAUUUGGGUAUUGUUUUACUCAAUAAAAUGGGACUGAAUUUAA